GAAAGAAAGAAAAAUUAAAGAAAGAAAAGAGGCAAAGGAAAGAAACUCGAGAGGAGGCAGGACGUGAAGAAGAUUGAAGAACAGCGUUGAUCGAUGUCUUCAACUCCGAAGAGGCGAAAGAAACUCAAGCCAAAUCCGGACUCCGAUGCCGGUUCUAAAGGCGAUUCUUCUGCUUCAUCUUCUACAGUGUUGCUGAAGUCUCUCAAGCAACCGCCUCGCGAUUUCUUUCCCUCCGAGAACGAUCUCAUUAGGCUAAUUACUGUACUUUUCAUCGCCUGCUUGGUUUUUCUGAGCUGUAACUUCUUCGUAUCUAGACUCGCGAGUCGCCGCCCGGAGCCUUUCUGCGACACUGACGCCGAUUCCUUGGACUUGCUUUCUGAUGCUUGCAAGCCUUGUCCAAGUCAUGGAGAAUGCCGUGGAGGUGAGUUGGAAUGUGUUCGUGGUUAUAGAAAGCACGGAAGGUUAUGCAUAGAAGAUGGAGUAAUCAAUGAAGCAGUUAAGAAACUUUCAGAAUGGCUAGAAUCUCACCUCUGUGAAGCAAAUGCCAAGUUCAUGUGCGAUGGAGUUGGGACAGUCUGGGUUAAAGAGGAUGAUAUAUGGGAUGAUUUAGAUGGUCAAGCACUGGUGGAAAACAUUGGCUCUGACAACACCACUUUUAUGUAUGCGAAGAGAAAGGCAUUGGAAACUAUUAUUGGGUUAUUUCAGACACAGCAAAAUUCUCUUGGGAUCGAGGAAUUGAAAUGUCCAGAUCUGCUGGCUGAAAGUUACAAGCCAUUUACUUGCCGUAUUCAUCAUUGGGUUUUGAAGCAUGCUUUUGUUGUUUUGCCAGUUUUCUUACUGCUUGUGGGAUGCACUUGGUUACUAUGGAAACUUUACCGGAGACAACAUCUAACAAAUAGAGCUGAAAAUCUGUACAACCAGGUCUGCGAAAUACUUGAGGAAAAUGCUUUGAUGUCAAAGAGAAUAAGUGGUCAAUGUGAAUCAUGGGUUGUUGCAUCCAGGUUACGCGACCAUCUUCUUUUGCCACGAGAGAGGAAGGAUCCUUUGUUAUGGAGGAAGGUAGAGGAAUUGGUUCAGGAAGACUCACGAAUAGAUCGCUACCCRAGACUGGUCAAGGGUGAAGGAAAAGAAGUAUGGGAAUGGCAAGUAGAAGGUUCUUUGAGUUCUUCAAAGGAAAAGAGACUGGCAAGCAAAUUAAGUUCCAGGGUGGCGAUGGAAGUAAAUUCUGACCGAAUAUACCGUAAAGUGGAUGAGCCGAAGCCAGUAGUUUCGUGACAUGGCGCUCAUUGGAGAGUAUGCUGUCUAUUUAGAGCUAGCUUAGCUGGAGAAUCAGAACAGGUACAAGUUUAGCAAUUAAGCUCUAAGGUCCAUAAUUAUUAUGUUUCAGGCUUUUGGCUGCUGAGUGAAGUACUUUUAAGGAAGCAGUUUCUGCUGGGGCAACUGGGGCAACUGGGGCUUGUAGUGUACAGGUACUGGAAUAGUUUUUUUUUUUUUUUUCCUAAUCGAAGCUUUGCUCUCCUUUUUAAGAGUUCAUGUGUCCGACUCRGACCUGARAGACAUCAAGAGUUUUAUUAUUAAGCUCACUUAAAGGUUCAAACAUACAUCCUCUAAGUAGGUGUUACACAGGACCGUGUACCCUUGCCAAUGGGAAGAAGUUUGAGGACAAAAAAUAGUUAAGGAUUAUAUAUGAGCAGUAAAUGAAAUUGUUUUCUA